ACUAGUUUAACUGUAGACCAGUCUGAUGUAUGUGAAGGAACACCAGUUACUUUAACAUGUACUGUUAAUCCACCAAAUUCUAUUAUAUGGAGACGAAAUGAUCAGAGGAUUUCAUCUUGUUCAGCUAUAUGUGAUCGACCAGCUGGUUAUAAUAUUACCAUUGAUCUUAAUACUGGUAUAAGUAUUGUAUAUAUCAACAGUACAUCAUUGAAAAGAGACGGUGGAAAAUGGACAUGUAUUCCCGCUGGCAGUAGUGACACGGGAAGUGCAAAUCUCCAGAUUAGAACCCUAACAUCCAGUUCAAUAAAAGAUAAAAGUAGAUUAUUAUUUACUGAUGGUAUGGUAACAGAAAUCACGUGUUAUACAGGAACAAUAGAUUCAACAGUUUCAUUCACGUGGUAUAUAGAUUCAACAGAUAAUACAUUACCAGGACAGACUACUAGUAUUAUAGAUGGUUCAACAUCUAGUAUCUUACAAUUAACUAGUACCAAACAACAGAACAAUAAAAAACUCCAUUGUUCAGCUACCAAUCGGUGUGGUACUGGUGACACCGAUAAUAUCACUCUUGAUAUAAGAUAUGGACCCAAGGUAUCUUUACCAUCUGAACUCAUCUAUAAAGCAGAAUCAGAAACUUUGUUUAUUGCAUGUUCAGUUGAUUCUAAUCCUGUAUCAACUAUUACAUGGUAUGGUCCAGAUGACCGUGUAGUAUCUAAUGAUAAAGAUUUAGUUAUAACUAAUAUCAACAGAAAUCAAUCUGGUAUAUAUAACUGUACAGCUAUUACAGUUUUACAACCUACAAAUGGUAAUCAACAACUUAAAACGGACAGUAAAACGGUUCUUGUGAAAAUUUCUGGUGUACCCGAUCAGCCACGUGAUUUUAAAUUAGUUCGUGUAACCCAAGAUUCUAUCUGUGUUGAAUUACAACCAGGUUUAAAUAAUGGAUAUAUUCAAGAAUUUGUAUUUCAGUGCUCACUUUAUAAUAUUGUCUGGUUUUUAUCUGGAGCUGUAAAACAGGGAAGCGAUCAAGAAAUUGACUACUGUAUUACCGAUCUAGAUGCUAAUACAGUAUAUUAUAUCAGAGUUGUAGUCCAAAACAGGUUUGGUCAAUCACAACCCCUCUCUUUGGUGACUGCUAAACCAAUUAGAACAUCUCCAGUACCAGGAGAUGAUGAUAAGGGUCCAUACAUAGCUUUAGGUGUUUGUUUAGGUAUCUCUAUAACAAUAUCCAUUGGUUUAAUAAUCCUGGUGAUCAAAAUGCGUCGUAAACUGAAAUCUAAUACAGAUGACAAGAGGGUCACCGUAAGAAAUGGCGAAAGUCAUACAGCAGAAACAUCAACAUAUAACAGUUUGGAGUUAAACACUAGAAGUGAAUCACUACCCAGUACCUAUAACAGUUUAGAGUUAAAUAGAGGAACUGAAACGGUACCCAGCCCAUAUGUUAAUUAAUCCCGAUGAUCUGUUCCUUUUAUGGUAUUCAUUUUGUACAUACAAUUUUUAUCAUAUUAUUGUUAUUUUUAGUAAGUAUUUCCUCUGUUGAAAAUCAAGUUACAGUUAGCAAAAUGCAUUAAGUUUAUUUUUAUAUCAUCAUAACAAUACCAUAGUUACGAAUAAAAUAACAGCCUUAUAACUUAGCGUAUCAGAGAGAGUAACCAAUCACAUAUAAAAAUAAAUAAAAACAAUUAGUUAUUGAUAUUUUCAAAUUUUCGUGCUAAAAUUAUUGCUACUGUUUACAAUUUAGUGCUAAUAAUGUAAUCAAUUUAUAUUUCAUUUGUUUUUAUAAUGUAAAAAUAGUUACAAAAUUUAUUAAUUUGAUAUUUUUUAAUUGUUGUGGUAAAAAUGUUACUUCUGUUGAAAGUUUAGUAGCUAUGAAUAUUAUGUAAUCAUUUUAUUUUAUUUAUUCUAUAAAAAAAGAAAUCGUAUUACUGUAAACACGAUUAUUACAAAAUUUGAUUUAUUAUAUUAAAAUAUAAAUAUUCAUAAUAUGCAUCUCAGUUUAUAAGCUUCUU